AUGGAGAUAGUUUAUGCAGAGAUGAAAAUAUUAAUACUUUUAAUUUCAAUAAUAUCGAUAAUCAAUCAAGUGAAUGGACAAACUACACAAUGCAAGGAUGCAUUGAAACCAUGGUUUGAUUUAACUAGAGUUGGUAUUAAAAUUUCAUGUUUUUUAAAUGAUGGAAAUAUUCUUUAUGCAAGAGGUCAAGCAGCUCAAGAUCGUGGUGUAUUUAAAGCUACAGGUUCUUAUUCAUCAGUUGAGAGUAUUCAGGAAGGAUGUUUAGGGGGUAAAGAUCAACCAUUUGAUAUAAAUCAAACAAAACCAUUAUUUUUUGAUUAUUCAAGUUUUCAAAUCGAUUCUGAAGGUCAUGUUUUUAUGGUUCCAGUUGGAAGACCAGCAGUCGAUGUUUAUGUAACAGAGUGUAGAGGAAAUAUUAUGGUUGCCUUUACUACAAAUGGUAUUUGUACGUACCAUUUCUCAAACAAGGCAUAUACCAAUUUGGGAUCAGAAAGUUGUCAAGACCCUAGAAAUGAACCACCAGUCAAUCAAAAGGCCGCCACUUUUGAUACUACUUUAAAUUCAGAAUGGAAUGAAAAUGGUAAACAUUAUGGAAUGUUUUCAAGUAUAAUUACCAAUACUGGUAAAGUCCCAUUCCAAGGAGUGGUAUUCUCAGCCGAUUUGGAACUCCGUGAUCCAUCAAGUAUCUAUAGUGCUGUUGCCAUUGUCAAGGGUCAAUGGAAACUACCAUCCUAUGUCCAAAGUAUUCAAGUAGGUUCUACCUAUCAUUUUUCUUUUAUUAAAGAAGGAAAGGAAAUUCCUACUUUUAGAAUUGAUUCAUUCUAUUAA